AUGACCUGGAAAUAUACGAAAACCGAAGGAAGAAACUGUAACAUUCCCCUUUUUGUUUCAUACAAUACAUUUGACAUUCCCUCCACCAAAACAUUCUCAACUAUCUUCAAACUCAAUUCCCAUAGAAAAUUAGCCUACAUCUCUAUUUUAACCAUGCCUUCCUUCAAAUUCCCUUUCUUCCUCUUCCUUUCUUCUCUCUUCCUCCAUUCUUCUCUGGCUGAGAUUGUUUGCGAAGAUUUGCCCCAUGAUGUCUGUGCGUUUUCGAUAUCAUCUUCGGGGAAGAGAUGUUUGUUGGAAACGGCGGUGGAUGAAGAUGAUAAGGUAGAGUACCAAUGCCGGACUUCGGAAGUGAUGGUGGAGCGAAUGGCGGAGCAUAUCGAGAGCGACCAAUGUGUGCGUGCAUGUGGUGUUGAUAGGAACGCCGUUGGCAUUUCAUCCGAUUCCCUUCUCGAGCCACAGUUCACCAACAAGCUUUGUGCCCCUGCCUGCUCCCACAACUGCCCCAACAUUGUCGAUCUCUUUUUCAAUUUGGCCGCCGGUGAAGGAGUGUUUUUGCCAGAUCUUUGUGAGGCUGUUCUCAUCAACCCACGGCGGUCCAUGGCGGAGUUCAUGUCGAGCUCUGGGGCUGCCGCUGGUCCCGGUCCCAUCGAAGCAGAGUUGUUGGAGGGUGAUGCUUUAGCUUCAGUAUCAGCUCCAGGUCCAGGUCCAGAUUCCAUGGAAUGA